AUGCUGGCUGCUAGGAAUGCUUUGAAGAGGAACGCAGUGGCGUUGUCACUGCGCAGCGUCGCUGCCCGGUGGCAGUCCACGAAAGUGAACGGUUCCGUCAUCGGGAUCGAUUUGGGGACUACUAACUCUGCUGUCGCGUUGAUGGAGGGGAAAGUGCCCAAGAUCAUUGAGAACGCUGAGGGGUCUCGUACUACGCCCUCUGUUGUUGCAUUCACGAAGGAGGGGGAGAGACUUGUCGGGAUCCCAGCGAAACGUCAAGCUGUGGUAAACCCGGAGAACACUCUGUUUGCCACAAAGAGACUCAUUGGGAGAAGGUUUGAGGACGCAGAGGUGCAGAGGGAUAUCAAGCAAGUACCCUACAAGAUCGUGAAGCACUCGAACGGUGACGCCUGGGUCGAGGCCAUGGGGCAGACUUAUUCGCCAGCUCAGAUUGGUGGGUUUGUUUUGAACAAGAUGAAGGAGACCGCGGAGGCGUACUUGGGGAAACCAGCUAAGAACGCUGUCGUUACUGUGCCAGCUUAUUUCAAUGACUCUCAGAGACAGGCCACGAAGGAUGCAGGGCAGAUCGUUGGGUUGAACGUCCUACGUGUCGUUAACGAACCUACCGCCGCUGCACUAGCAUACGGGUUAGAGAAGGCUGACUCUAAAGUUGUUGCUGUGUUUGACUUGGGUGGUGGGACUUUCGAUAUCUCCAUUUUGGAUAUCGACAACGGUGUCUUCGAGGUUAAAUCCACCAACGGUGACACACAUCUAGGUGGUGAAGAUUUCGAUAUCGUCCUGCUAAGAGAGAUCGUUUCCAGAUUCAAGGCUGAAUCCGGUAUUGACUUAGAGAACGACCGUAUGGCCAUCCAGAGAAUCAGAGAGGCCGCUGAGAAGGCCAAGAUCGAAUUGUCCUCCACAGUUUCCACAGAGGUCAACUUGCCCUUCAUUACAGCAGACGCCUCCGGGCCUAAACAUAUCAACAUGAAGUUCAGCAGAGCUCAAUUCGAGACUCUAAUGGAACCAUUGAUUAAGAGAACCAUAGACCCAGUAAAGAAGGCGUUGAAGGACGCAAACUUGUCCACCUCGGACAUCUCCGAGGUCCUACUAGUCGGUGGUAUGUCCAGAAUGCCAAAGGUUGUCGAAACCGUCAAGCAAUUGUUCGGCAGAGACCCAUCAAAGGCCGUCAACCCAGACGAGGCUGUCGCCAUUGGUGCCGCAAUCCAGGGUGCCGUGCUUUCCGGUGAAGUCACCGAUGUGCUACUACUGGACGUCACACCAUUGUCCCUAGGUAUCGAGACCCUCGGUGGUGUUUUCACAAGACUGAUCCCAAGAAACACUACGAUUCCAACAAAGAAGUCGCAAAUCUUCUCCACCGCUGCCGCAGGUCAAACCUCCGUCGAGAUCAGAGUCUUCCAAGGUGAGAGAGAACUUGUCAGAGACAACAAGCUGAUCGGGAACUUUAACUUGUCCGGGAUCCCACCAGCUCCAAAGGGUGUCCCUCAAAUCGAGGUCUCCUUCGACAUCGACGCCGAUGGUAUCAUCAACGUCUCCGCAAGGGACAAAGCCAGCAACAAGGACGCCUCCAUCACUGUCGCAGGGUCCUCUGGUCUGUCGGAGACCGAGAUCGAACAGAUGGUCAACGACGCUGAAAAAUUCAAGUCUCAGGACGAGGAACGUAGAAAGUCUAUUGAGACUGCAAACAAGGCUGACCAGUUGGCCAACGACACGGAAAACUCUUUGAAGGAGUUUGAAGGUAAAAUUGACAAAGCGGAAGCGCAGAAGGUCAAGGACCAGGUCGCCGCUUUGAAGGAACUCGUCGCUAGAGUCCAAGCGGGCGAGGAAGUCCCCGCAGAGGACUUGAAGACCAAGACUGACGACCUGCAGAACGCAUCCAUGAAACUGUUCGAGCAGAUGUACAAGAACAACAACAACAACGGGGGCGACGCUGGUAACUCUGGCGCCGGCUCUGACGCCAACCCAGGUGAAACCAAGCAGUGA